CACUCACGUGUUCAGCACUAAACAUGGCGACGUCCUCAAGGAGAGCAGGAGGAGUGAUGGGCUCAGUGCGAUUAUUGAGAAGUCUACAGCAUCAGAAUGGACGGUUGUUUUCCACCUCAGUGGCUCGGCACACUGCAGGCUCUGACGGUCAGCCUCCCAAAUUCGUUCCUCCGUCAAAACCUGUCAUCAUCGACAAAACACAGUCACAGGCCUCACUGAGACGAUUUCUCAGUCCGGAGUUCAUCCCUCCACGUCAGCGCACGAACCCGGUGAAAUUCGCCAUAGAGCGCAAAGACAUGAUACAGAGACGCAAAGCCUUCAACAUUCCUGAGUUCUACGUUGGCAGUGUUUUGGCGGUCACCAUGUCGGACCCCCAUGCGGCCAGCAAAACGAACCGCUUUUUGGGCAUCUGCAUCCAGCGCUCUGGUAAAGGCCUGGGAGCCACCUUUACCCUCAGAAACAUCGUCGAUGGCCAGGGAGUGGAGAUUUGUUAUGAGUUGUACAGUCCGCGGCUGAGACACAUUGAGGUCCUGAAGCUGGAGAAGAGGCUGGAUGAUAACCUCUUGUACCUGAGAGACGCCCUGCCGGAGUACAGCACCUUCGACUUUGACAUGAAACCUGUCCAUCUUUCCCCCACCCAGGACGUCCCUGUCAAUCAGAUAAAGGUCAGGAUGAAACCUCGUCCAUGGUCCAAACGCUGGGAGCGCCCCAAGUUCAACAUCCAAGGGAUCCGCUUUGACCAGUGUUUGACCCCUGAGCAGAUGGAGCAUGCUCAGAAGUGGGCGGAGCCUUGGAGACAGUACGACAUGCUGAAGGAGUACGACACAUCCUCCAUGCAAGAGAAGAUCUUGCAGGAGGUCCAAGCUGAGCUUAACAAAUGAGUGACUCGUAUCAAGACCCUCCGGACUGGGGAGAGACAUUCACAAUAUUAUGGGGUGUGUUCCAGCACCAGGGCUGGAAACUACAGCUCUGAAACCACCAUCCAGGUCUCCACUCUGGUCCUGCAGUUCCCUUCUCAAGCCCACUUUCCCUGCUCUGUAAGACACCCUGGGGUCAGGAUUUUUUAAAUUGAAAUUUGAGCUAAAGUUUAGGAUUAUACAAUAGAAAUGUCCUUUCGCUCUUGUUCUGUUGGAGAAGCUUGAUUUAAGUUUCUUCACUAACUGAGAAAUCUUGGUUUGAGGGACAGUUUUGGGGUCGUUGCUCAAAAAAAGUGAUCCGUUACAGGUGACUAGUUACCUCUCUCAAAAUGUAAUGGGAAUACAUUACAUAUUACAUAUUAGCAUGAUUAGAUGACUCAACAGAUUGUUUGCUUUCUGCACUGCACACUUUCACAAUCAGAUUAAAGCAGUCAGCUAACGCAGGUAGCAUGUGCACACACAAAUUACGUAAAAGGACAUUUAGGGAUAUGGAUAAUAGCUAUGGGCAAUAUGACAAUUUUAUCAUUAUCAUGAUAAAUUCUGUCACAAUAUGUUUUUCUACGCUUAUCGUGGACGCUGGCUAACUACAUGUUUCAUUACAAAGUGCGCACAAUUAGGCUUAAUAGGUUUAAUGAGAAUUAGUGCACUGCAGUUUGUAAAAUAGAAUAGAAUUCCUUGUAGUUGUAAACCUAUUAUUAUUAGUAGUGUUUUGUGGUACUACAGGUUCUGUUUAAUUUGUUCCAACAUGUCAGAAAAAGUAAAUAUAUAUCAAAGAAGAACAAGUAUCUCCAAAAUAGUAACUUUACAGAAGGCAAGAACGCUCUUACCUUUCAGUGUAAGUUAAUGUAAAGAGACUGUACUGCAUUACCCCAACACUGUUGACAAACACCCACCUGAUCCAGCUAACGCAGGGGUGUCCAGUCUCAUCCGCAAAGGGCCGGUAUGGCUGCAGGUUUUCAUUCCAACAAAGCGGAAGCACCAAUGAUCAGUUGACUGAUUGAACGACUGGAAUCAGGUGAGCUCCUGCUUCUUCGGUCUGAAAACCUGCAGCCACUCCGGCCCUUUGCGGAUAAGAUUGGACACCCCUGAACAAUUGAAUUCACAAGGCUUUACCACGUUUAAGUGAGCGUAUUAGAGCAGGGAAAAUGAAAUCGAAAUUACAUUAAAAUGUAUAAGGUCACAGCUGGGAACUGGUUCAGAAUGAGCACUAAUGUGGACUCUCGAAGAUGGAGCUGUAAACUUAUUGUGUGUAUAAAAAUACGUGUUGCUGAUUGUGAAGCGGAAUAAGGAAUAAAGUUCAUGUGUUGGCAAAAUUG